AUGCAGUUAAUUUAGAACCCUCAAAAACUGGGUAUCUUAGCAACGUUGCUCACGAUAACCACAUUCUCGGCCUUCCAACAAGCUCAAUCCUCAUUCCUCAUUGAAAGGCUUUCAUUCAAUCGUCAUAGAGCACCAAAAGUUGCUCCAAAACAAGCACCUCUUACUCAACAUCUCUUAGAAGAUACACACCCACUAUUAAAUAGUGCUUUCACAUACAAUCUAACAUGGCUCCAAAAUUAGAUUGUCAACGCCACUGAUGAUUAUGUACCUCUUACUGCUCCAAGAAUUCACGCCAGUAUCAAGCUUGACAAAGAGAACUAUAGACCAAGAGAUGUCGUCUUUGUUGAGGUCCUAGCCUUCAAUGCUUUGAAUAAAACACCAACUGCCCUUGCUGUUCUUCCUGCCAAUGAUGUUAGAAAUUAAUAUUAUAAUCUCAAUGUGGAGAUUUUCGAUUCUUCUGCCAACAGAGUAUUCGCCCAAGCUGUGCAAGCCAACUUAUCAACUGCUGUUACAUCAUUCAAGCUACCAGCAAAUAUUUCAGCCGGAGUAUACACAGUUAGAGCUUCCAAUUCAUUUGUUGCUAAUGUGGCUACGUCAUUCACUGUUCAGACCUACCCCAAAGAUUCACUCGUUGUUAGCACUCAACUUACUCAAGCUUCAUAUAACCCAGGUGACACUGUGAGCGGAAUUGUUAGAGUUACCAAUACCAAUGGUCAGGCCUUCAAUGCAACUCCAACUCUUUAAUUCAACGUAACUUACGGAAACUCAUCAUCCAACACUACUAACAUUACUCUUUCCUCAUCAAGAGCUGAUGCUGUCUUCAGUUUCGUCGUUCCAAGAACUCUUAACACUUCUUUUGCUACCAUUACCUACACAGUUAGAUCUGGAAGCAAUGUCCACGUGUACCAACAACCAGUGAACAUUAACAACGCCGAGCUUCUCGUUGUUGACGCUUUCUCUGCAACUGGAUACUUGGUUAACAAUGUCCCCAACGUUGUUUACUUCCAAGCAUGGUAAACUGCCCAGAGACAAGAUACUCUUGACUUCAGCAACGCUGUCUUGAGACAAUCCGUCAGAUUAAACGCAACUGCCACUGGUACUGUCACUUCAGUUGUCGCUUAAGUCUCAUCUGUUGCUAGAGGAAGAGGUUCAUUCGUCUUCACCCCAGUUGUCAACCAAACUGCAUUGACUCUUGAGCUUACCAUCAAUGGACAAAUCGUCAGAAGAAGCAUUGCCUUCGGAGUUCCCUUCAAUCAAACCAGCAACACUGCUGAGGUCGCUUUCAGAAUUCUCAACAACAACAGAGUUCUCAACAACAAUGAAGAUCUCCAACUCUAAUUCCUCUCUAACGCAGCCGUUAACUCAAGUGAUGACUACGUUGUUCAAAUCAAGCUUAAGGAACAAGUUGUCUUCUAAGACUAACUUUCAUUCAAUACAUCAUCAGUUAGAAACUACACUGUCCUUGCUAGACUAUUCCCACUCAUCAAUGGAGGUGUCUUGAGCGUUAAUCUUUUCAGACUAACCCCAGCUUUCGAGCAAUUCUACAAGAGCAAGCCAACCAUUAUUGUUACUGUUGUAAAUACCACCACCAAUGGUACUAGAGCUAACACUACCAAUACCACAACAAAUGCUAGUGCUGCCAACACUACAAACACCACCAAGGUUAACACAACAACAACUAACUCAACAAAUGCCACCAAUUCCACCAAGCCAACAGCUAACGCCACUAACACUACUAACACAACAAAGCCAACCACUAACACUACUAACACCACUAACACAACAAAGCCAGCAAAUGGAACAAACUCUACUUCAAACACCACCACAAACACAACAACCACCACAACUACUAAUGUGACCACCAUUAUCUACAACCCACCUGAUGUUUCAACACCAGCUUAAGUUGUGACCUGGCUCGAACCUAAGGGAGAAUUAAUCUUCUACAAGAGACCAAAUGAAUAGUUCAGACUUAACAUUACUCUUGAUAGAUCAGCUUAUGCUGCUGGAGACUAAGUUACCUACAGUAUCCAAGUCCUCAAUGCCACUACUGGCAGAGUUGUCACCACUGACUCAUACGUUACUGUUACUGCUGUUGAUGUCCUCGGAUAUCAAAGACCAGGUGUAGACCUCGGCCUCCCAGCACCACUUGCCACCAGACUCCAUCUCUCACAAGAAAUCGCUGGCUUCGACAAUGAAAGACUUAACUCACUCUAAGGUUUGAAUGGAGCUCUUUCAGGUAACGAUACCAAGUACAUUGAUCUCUUAUUCGGUCUUCAAUCAUGGAGAGUCGGUCUUUUCGAUGUAAGAAGUCUCAUUCAACUCAGCAAUGUCAUUACUGGCCUCUCUACUUCAGAUAGACAAGCUGUUCAAGGACUUUACAACUACAUCGUCCAAAGAGUUGUUGUUCAAACCCCAGCCACAAACACCACUACCAAUACUUCCACUGGAAACUUAACAAACGGUACAAAUUCCACUAACACUACCUCAAAUACCACCAGACCAACAACCAACACAACUAACACUACCACCAAUACCACAAGACCAACAACAAAUACUACCUCUAACACAACUAACAGCACAACCAACACUACCAGACCAGUAAACACCACCAAUGGAACUUCCAAUGGCACCACAAAUAGUACUGUUACUCCAACUGUUACCCCAAUCGUUGUAAGAUCUGGAGAGCAAGGCAAUGUUGCUGAUCCAACUGAUUACAUGACUGGUACAAUUGCUGCUAGAAACUGGUCUCACCCACUCAGAGCCAACUUCAACACUGCCUCAGUUGAGGAUUUGACUGCCACAGUCCUAUUCCAAUCAGCUUUCCUCGUCAGAGCCGGAGUUGCAACAGGCAGAUUCUUCCUUAAUGACAGACUUACCAACUACGUCCUCACUGUUGAUGCUUUCAAUGCCAAUGGUACCACUGGUUCAGGUUCAGUCCAAUUCGGAACUGUCCAAAACUUCGCUGUUUCUGCUGAUGCCCCAGCAUUCAUGGUAAAUGGUGAUUCACUCAAGCUCCCAGUUAACAUUACCAACCUUGGAACAACAGUUCUCUCUGUUAGACUCACUGAAACUUCUUCAAACGGAACUACUUUCAGAGUUAAUUCAGUCCCAGCCAUCUCAGUUCCCGCUGGAUAAACUGUUAGAACCUUUGUCACUGCUACUGCUCUUAGAACCAGCCCAGGUGCAGUUCUUACUUUCGUUGCAACUGCCACCCUUACUGCUGCUGGCUCCACCAGAGUCUUAACUGCAACCACCACAAGAUCAGUUGUCAUUGGUGAGCCAAUUGGAGUCAGAAGAAGCCAACUCAGAGGUUCCCUUAUUGGAUCAAAUGCUAGACCAGCAUCAAACUCAUCAAACCUUUCAAAUGUUAACCUACAAUUGAACCUUACCAACGAAUUGAACCAAAGCUCAUCCCAAUACAGCUUCACUGUUUACCCUAAUAUUCUUUCACUUGUUGAGGCAUCAGGAAACGCUCUUGCUUAAUCACCAAAGGCCAACUUUGAACAAGUUGCCUCAUCCCUCUAUCCAGCUUUCCUCAGACUUCAACUCCUAAGAUCCCAAGUUCAAACUGCUGACUCUCAAGUCCUAGUCAUCCAACUUACAUAAGAAGUUCAAGGACUUCUUGAAUAACUCUUGACCUAUAGAAUUCCUACUGGAAGCAACUCUAGAUUCGAUGGCCAAGAUAUUUCAAAUGAAGCUAUGACUGCUUUCGCUCUUCAAUACCUCUUUGAUCUCCAAAACAUUACCAGAAUUGAUUCAGGAAUCCUUUCCCAACUCAGCGGCUAUCUAGUUGCAAGAAAAAACAAUAGAGGUGGAUUCAUGCAAUCAUUCAGCAACCCACUUGCUACUUCAGUCCCAGAGGUCACCCUCAACGCUUACAUUGUCAACGCUUUGGCUGCUGUUAAUGCUAACAUUACCGCUGAGCUCAAUGCAGUCAAGGCCUUCGUUGAUGCCCAAAUUAGCCAAAACAGAGUUGAUUCAUACAUUCUUGCUCAACUUGCUCAAGCUCUCUUUAGAGCAAGGAGAAAUACUGAGGCUUUAGUCUACGCUGAUGCCCUUGUGAAACUUCAAGCUGCUGAUGGAAGCGUUUUCUCCAACCAAGAUACCACCCUAUCAGCCUUCCUAUCAAAUGGAACUGAACUCACUCUUGAGACUACCUCAAUCGCUAUUCAAGUUUGGAGUAACAACUAAGCUAAAUAUAUCACCUAAAUCAACAAUGCUGCUAACUACCUCUUGACAAACAUCAAUGAUGGACUUAUUGGAGGUGCUCAAUCAACAACACUUGCUCUUAAGGCACUUAACUUGUUCUUCGCUAACAGCAAUUUCCCAACAAUCAAUGGAAAUGGAAACCUUACUCUCACCAUCAACGACCUACCAGUCCAAACUGUUAGACUCGUCUCAGGAUCCACUGAUACCAUUAGAUUCGAUGCCUCAGCUUUCAUUGCCAACAACUCAAGACUCUUCGCUGCUGGUCAAUCACUUAACAUCAAUGUUGCUGUAUCUGGAUUCAAUCUUACUACUGGACAAGCCAGAGACUUCAGAGCUAUCUUCUCUGUUGCUCACAGAUUCAUCCUCAAUGGAACCUACAGCCCACCAGCUCCACUCAACCUCACUUCAGAUUUCCAAGUUACUAUUGUUAACUCCAGAGUCAUUGGAUCUGAUAACUCAACUGGAAGAGCCUUCACUAUUGCUGCCUCAUUCCAAAAUGUAUUCCCAGCUGGCUCAUCUCAAAGUGGUCAACUCAAUAUUGUUCUCCACCCACCCUCUUGCCUUGUCCUCGAUGAAGCUGCUACCAACGUCCUUGCUUCCCAAGGUGUUAUUAACAGUUAUCAAAUCAUCCCAAGCACUGGUCAAGUUGUCCUCUUCGUCAACAGCAUGUUGCCAGGACAAUCCAAGACCGUCAAUACUCCAUUCGUUCAAAGAUUCGCUGGAUCUUGCCUUGCAAGAGAUAACUUCAUCUAUCAGGCUUACGGAGACUUCGAAAUCUACUCCUCAACUAGACUUGCCUGA